GCUUUACAUACGACCACUCGGUACAACCAUACGGUACUGACCACCUUCGGAACGCCUGUCACUCCACCGCCAGUGAUAUAGCAAUAACCCUAGUCGAAUCUGAUAUUCUGAUCUUCCAACAAUGAUUGGACCUGACAUUCCAACACAAUUACUCCAGAACCGCUCGACUACCCCGGAGGAGGAGGCUGGCCCGUCCGAGCAUUCAAUAGGCCCCGCAAUCCCACCAGAGAUACUUGCUAGGUCAUCGGCACCUACUUCUGUGCAUCAACAGCAGGAAGAGGAAGAGGAGGAAGAUGACUAUUAUGCGCCUGCUCUGCCUCCAGACCUUCUAGCUGCUCGUUCGGGACCGUCAAACGCGGCCCCAGCUGCGUCUUCUAGUAAACCUAAACCUGUUGUUGGACCUACCUUUCCCUCUUCUCUUGCGAACAGAUAUGAUAGAUAUCAUGAGGACGAAGAAUCUGAUGAAGAUGUUGGACCUAUGCCGUUACCGGAGGGUGUUGUGUUGGAAGAGAAAGAUGGUGUGCAGGAGUUCUUGGAGAAAGAAGAGAGAAGGCGAAAGCAGAUAGAGGAAGCUGCAAAACCGAAAGCACUAAAACGUGAAGAAUGGAUGCUCGUACCACCCUCAUCAUCGGACCUUCUAGGCUCCAUUGACCCAACAAAACUAACAAAGGGCCGUCAAUUCGCCCGCACUGCAGCGCCUGCGCGCGAGGUUGACAAUACACUCUGGACUGAAACCCCAGCAGAGCGCCAACAACGGUUAGCAGAUGAAGUUGCAGGGAAGCGACGGAGGGCCACCAAUGCGGAUCCCGAUGCAGACUUAGAAGCUGCUGCUGAGGCCCGGAAGAAAAGGAAGCGGGAUGAGGAGAUACGACAGGGUGUCGACGAGUACACGCGAAAGAAGAGAGGUGGUGCUCUGCUCGAGCAGCAUGCCUCGAAGGUGGCUAAGGAAAAGAAGGAUGACGAGGAACCUUCUGGGAUUUGGGAUCAUAGCCGUGAUAUGGCGCUUGGUGGAAGGCUUUUGGAUGAUAAGACUAGGGAUAAGUUUAUCAAGGAAGCCAGAGGGUUGGGUGAUAGAUUUGGAACGGGUAGGAGUGGCGGGUUCCUUUGAACUAAUAGUUGCAUAGUAGUACUAUGUGUUUUCUAGCCAGCCUCUUCAUGAAGUUGAUUGAUACAAUUUCGGGCCC